AUGAUAAGGAAAACAGCAUUGUUUCUUUCGUUGCUGUUUUGCGUGCAAGCUGGGCCCUUCGAUUGUAACGCGGGACAAAAAUGUCCACCUGGAUUAAGAUGUCUUGACGGGACAUGUGUUGCACGGCUUGAUUGUCCAAUGAUGGGAAUGCCGAUGGCACCGCCUGGUUGUGAUGUGAAGUUGAAGCCGGAUAGCAACGGAUGUCCCAUGCCAGAGAUACGUUCUGUUAUGCAGCGGAGACGUGGGCAGACACCACUGCCACGUCCAUCAGCCGGAUAUAGCUCAACUACCUCGUCAAGUCACGACACUAGAGAACAUCUUGUAUGGCAAUGGCGAGGGAACAAAACCUUUGGAAAAGAUGCUGGAGCCCGCACGUCCAAUACUUCGGAGAUCACCAACGCGGAAACUCUCCUCAUUAUGGAACAUCACCGCGAAAGUGAAUCUACGUUGAAGCGACUACCACUGGACAGCACCACCACAAGACCAGAUUCCAUUCAGGUGUUCACGCCACAAUCGCCGCUGUCCGCACUUCAUAUUUUAUUCCCUCUAUCAAAACCACCAUCACCAGAAUACUUCGGCACUGUACAGUAUGUAGAAGAGCCCAAGGACACGCUUACUGCUAUCCUGAAAUGCCUAGUAUCCCUUCGGAACGAGUCAACAGCUCUAGACUCUUCCAGAAGAGGUACUCCGGACCUCAUCAUCAGCGACAAUGCAACCACUUUCCGCUCAACCAACGACUCCCUACAAAACACCAUCAAUAACCGCAAAGCCGUAGAGAAGAUAUCCGCUCAAUUCGCUAAGCGCAGAGUCGAGUGGAGGUUCAUUACUCCUCUUUCCCCGUGGAAAGGAGGAUUUUAUGAACGUGUAGUCGGUCUCUUUAAAUCCGUAUUCAAGAAAGCCAUCAAACAUACCCUAUUACCACUUUCACAAUUUCAGACGUUGGUUGCAGAAAUUAAAGUAGUGCUCAAUUCCAGACUACUUUUAUCCAUCAGCGGUACAUCAUCUUCACCACACGUGCUUCGACCGAUAGAUUUCGUCUCACCGCAAGUUGAACUCCAGUUACCAUCUCCAAACCGCAAUUCUCUCUAUAUCACUUCAAACCGCCUUUCGGAAUGGUACAAGGAGACAUCUGCUGUACUGAACAACUUUUGGGACAUCUGGUACAAGGACUUCUUAUCCGCAAUAUCCGCACGCCACCAACACCGCAUCCACCAAGGAAGGUCAGGUCCACUCAUUCCUUCGGUAGAACACGUUGUUCUCAUUGCCGAUAAGAAUGUUCCACGUGGACAAUGGCCUUUAGCCAUCAUAACCACCAUCCACCGCAGUAAAACCAAUACACGCAGACCAGCCACUGUCCGCAUUGCAAAUGGUCAUGAGUUGACUGAUCAAUCAACUAAAUCCGUUGGAGAUUUCUGCAAAGGAAGACCCACGACCGAAGAAGACUACAACCUACAUGGAUCCAACCACCACGAGCAGCCAAACGGUCCGCCGCCUACUACACUCUAUCGAAGCUUGCCAUGCAUAUACGACAGGCAACUUCGUACGCUUGGAUACGCUCUCUAUGGAUCGGGAGGCGCAGCACAACACUCUUCCCGUGGAGCAACGUUGUACCCAACGCCUCGCACAGACCAUAUCCCUCGCCAUCCACCCUAA